GUUUACGCUGACGUCAAUCACAUGCGCCACAUGCAUGUUCUUUAAUUGUAAGCGACUUCUUCGACAGGCACGUUUCAGGUUAAUCAUAUUAUUCUAUUUGCGAUAUAGUGAAAGGAACGACUGAAAUGGCACAUAAUCCAUCUGAUGUGUGUGAAAUGCAGCUUAAUGGAGUCUCAGAGGUGAUGGAUCUGCUUCACAUAGACGUGGACAUUGAUAUGAUGAAAGGCAAGCCUGGGAAAGAAGACCUGCUGCAUUCUAGGAACGUGUUGAGGAAGCAGCGAAACUGGGAGAGGCAGCUCGCUGCAAAAAAGAGCAAGAGGAAAGAAGAAAAGCAGAGGAGGAAGCUCAAUCGCGAACAGGAGUCAGCAGGUGCUACAGGUAGCCCUCAGUUUACCAAACGGGUCAUGAAGGCGAUCACCAAAGAGCGUUUAGCUGAAGCCCAGCGUACAGGACUUAAACUGUGUGUUGACCUGAGUAUGACAGAUUGCAUGUCUGACAAAAUCAGUGUUUGUUUAAUGCAGGAAGUAGGUCGGCUGGCUGGGCAGUUAAGAAGGAUGUACGGGUCAAAUAAAAAGGCAGCUCGACCUUUUCACCUGUUUCUGACCGAACUACAAGAGGACAGUCGUCUCUACAGAGAGUGUGUUCGAAUGAACGAAGGCUUCCUCAACUAUAAGAUAGACAUAACAGAGGAGAGUUGUCUGGACCUGUUUCCUCCAGAGAAACUAGUCUACCUGUCACCAGAUGCUGAAGAAGCUUUAGAAACAGUAGAUGCAGACAAGGUGUAUGUCCUCGGUGGUCUGGUGGAUGAAAGCAUCCAGAAGAAGUUGAGCUUCUCUCGCGCCAGAGAGCUGAACAUCUGCACAGUAAGGCUGCCUAUUGAUGAGUACAUGGUGAAGAAAAACAACACCAAGAACUUCCACUCAAAGAUCCUGGCAGUUAAUCAAGUGCUUGACAUCUUGUUGACCUUCUGUGAUACUGGCAGCUGGAUAGAUGCUCUGCAGGCAUGGUUCCCUCAGGGGAAGGGUUAUGUCGUUACACAAGAUGAGUCCUCAGCUAAGUCUGCAACAUGACGUUUGAUUAGUGUUGCACUUUUCACUUAUAUGUGCAACAGACGUGAAGUGACGAUAAGAAGACAGACUAUGAGUGAGUCGAACCAGUGCCUGAUUAACGGUCCAUUACAAGCUGCUGCUGGAGAUAUUUAUUAAUGUUCAUCUGACUUCAGGAGUGUACAUUAAUAAAUCAGGUUAACGUAUCAAUUAUUUAGUUUUUCCACUUGUCAGAAGUUUUUUGUUCGGAAGGAUUUUAAAUUCCUCUAUUAUAGUAGAUCUUUAUGUGCCUUCCUGCAGAAAUGCUUUGCUUCCUAAAUAUACGGUGUUACAGUGUACAGCUGUUGAUCCUGAAAUAUCUGUGCAACAACACCAAUGUGAAUGAGUUUUUUUUCAACACCAGAACAGGUUUGACAUAAAACGAGCAAUAUGUGCUUGAAUUGAGUUAUAGCCAUCAGACAAGACAAGCAAAGCUGACAGAGGAAAUGAGUUUGCAAUUGGCAGCUUUUCCUGAAGCUACUAAUAUUAAGUCCAAACAAUAGGCCGAUACAGCACCAGGAAUGUAUAAACGAGAAAAUAAAAUGAAAAUAAAACUCUUAGAUGGGACCAAAUCAACCGCUGGGUACAUUCUUAAAAGAAAAGAAAGCAAAGUGAGGUGAAUGUUGGCAUGAAACUGUCUUUGAUAAAGAAAAAUCCCUUCACAACAUGAACAGAAGCUAAUGAUGAUCUACAAUCAAGAGAUGCUUUCAUGAAUGUAAAUUAAAAAAUACAUUUUUUAGAGGACAUUGUGUUGUUGCAGUGUCAUGUGUGGCUGCAACAUGCUCACUGGGAUGUGACCAGUAAAUGCCUUAUCUGCCUUAUCUCAACCCAGGAGAGCAGAUAAUGACUUAUUGUAGGUUGGCACAGUACACUGUAGUUCUGGGAAAUGAAAAUCAUAAUUAUUAUUGUUUUAGAUACGUGGAUGUGUUGGUGUUGGUGAUUUAUGAAAGUGAGAUUCUAUUGAAGAGACUUUAAAGGUCUGUUGUUUGGUUCCCAGAUUCACUAGAGUUCACCAGGCUCUGCCUCAGAGUAUCAGAAUUAUUUGUUUGUUUGUCUAAAGAGCCCCUUUCUCUCACGUUUCCUCAAAAUCACUGCUCUGGAAACUUUUCAUAUUUAAUGAAUAAUUUUUAUGUCUAAUUCAUCUGACCCCUUGGUGUCGUGUUUAAACUAUUUGUUGGAACUGAAAGAAUAAAACACGCUCCUCUUGUUAGUGCAGGUCUCAAACAUC